AUGCCCUACUCCUGUUGCGAUAAGCAUUUGGUUUCCAUCCGCAAGACAAGUUUCUGCUUGUGUAACAACAAUACUGUCUGGGUCGUCAAGUUUCUAACUAUCAUCUGUUCCAGGAUCAUCCUGACCAUUAGGUUCCUCGUGUUCUCCUUGGCGGUUCUGUAUGUUGUCUCAAGACGUAUUGGCCUGUUGACACUGCAAAGGAAGUUGGUUGAUGCAAUCAGAUCAAGCUCAGUAUCAGCUGGAGACAUCUUGGAUGAAGUGCAGGAGGGACCUUCCACAGCAAAUGCUCCUCCCAUCUGA